AUGGAUAUUCACUGCAGUAUGGCUGGUUCCGCUCUUGUGCCUAAAAAGAAAAUAAAAUCACUUACCAAAGAGUCCUUGCUGUUAUUGUUGACUCAGUCUAUGCAUCAGCCAAUAGAGGAUGAACCUGCAGUGGCCAGUGGUUGUUCCUCAGAGUACUCACUUAGUUCUCUUGCUUCAUCUGUUCUAGUCCUUUUGGCCAGCAUGAACAAGGGGUCAGUCACUUCCUUUUCAGCUGUUCAUGUGUCUAAUAUGGACAACGGAAAAAUCAUCCUUUCUGGAUCUGGAAAUUCCCAAGUCAAACUUUCAGAUUGUGAGGAAAACUUUAAUUCUUCUCCUGUAGAUAGACUGUACUUUAAUCAGACCAUUGCCAGUGUGAACAAGGUUCCACGCUCCAUCUGUAGUGAAAGCUGCCUUGUAGGAUACAUGAAAAUCCUAAAGAAGGGCCAGCCAGUUUGCUGCUUUGACUGUAUUCCCUGCUCUACUGGGAAAAUAACAAAUGUUACAGAUUCUUUGGACUGUUGGAAAUGCCCAGAAGAUCAAUGGCCUAAUGAAAACCAUGAUGCCUGCAUUCCAAAAGUGAUUGAGUUCCUAACAUACGAGGAACCCCUGGGUACAAUUCUUGCUGUCAUUGCUCUGUUCAUGACUCUGCUGAAUGCCUCAGUUCUGGGGAUUUUUAUUAAACAAAGAGACACACCAAUUGUCAAAGCCAACAACCGUGAACUCAGUUACCUACUUCUUCUUGGGCUCAUGCUGUGUUUUCUAUGCUCCUUAAUAUUUAUUGGUAAUCCAACAGCAGUAACAUGCAUACUUCGGCAAACCAUAUUUGGUGUAAUAUUUUCCCUCAGCAUCUCUUUAGUUUUGGCAAAAACCAUUAUUGUUGUCAUUGCUUUCAAAGCAGCAAGACCAGACAGUAAACUGCAAGGACUGCUGGGACCAACUGUACCUAAGUUAGUGGUCUUCUUUUGUUCCAUUGGGCAACUUAUUAUAUGUGCUUCUUGGAUGUUAAGCAACCCUCCUUUUGUAGAUUACAAUGCAAAAUAUGCAAGUGGGAAGAUAAUAAUUGAGUGCAAUGAACACAAUGUAGUAUUUUUUCAUUGCAUGUUGGGAUAUCUGGGGGGUUUAGCUGUUGUGUGCUUUGUAUUUGCUUUCUUGGCAAGAAAUUUGCCUGACACAUUUAAUGAGGCCAAUUUUAUUACCUUUAGCAUGCUAGUAUUUGUCAGUGUCUGGGUGUCCUUUAUACCUGCAUACCUGAGCACACAGGGCAAAUACAUGGUUGCAGUGGAGAUAUUUGCAAUCUUAGCCUCAAGUGCAGGAUUACUCAGCUGUAUAUUUUUACCUAAAUGUUACAUUAUUUUACUGCAACCUGAAAAAAAUACAAGAAAAUAUUUACUAGGUUCAAUUUAG